GGCAACCCACCGCGAGGUUUCAGCUGCAUCACGUAGGUCUGUCAUAGAAACUCCGGCGUGUUGCAUCCACAUUUAUAAAUUGUGACCAGUCAUGGCUGAUGAGGGAUACGUUGUACGAAUCAGGGGUCUACCGUGGUCCUGUUCAGUGGAUGAAGUACAGAGGUUUUUUGCAGGAUGCAAAAUUCUUAACAAUGGAGGUGGAAUUCACUUCACCUACACAAGAGAGGGGCGUCCCAGCGGUGAAGCUUUUGUGGAACUAGAGGCAGAAGACGACUUGAAGAUGGCAGUGAAGAAGGACAGAGAAACUAUGGGCCACAGAUAUGUAGAAGUGUUUAAAUCCAACAAUGUUGAAAUGGACUGGGUCAUGAAGCACACUGGCCCAAACUGCCCAGAGACAACAGGAGAUGGGCUUGUGCGGCUCCGAGGCCUUCCCUUUGGCUGCAGCAAGGAGGAGAUCGUCCAGUUUUUCUCAGGGUUGGAAAUCGUGCCAAAUGGGAUAACAUUGCCGGUGGACAUCCAGGGGAGGAGUACGGGGGAGGCCUUCGUGCAGUUUGCUUCACAGGAUAUAGCUGAAAAGGCUCUAAAGAAACACAAGGAAAAAAUAGGGCACAGGUAUAUUGAAAUCUUCAAGAGUAGCCGCGCUGAGGUGCGGACCCACUACGAGCCCCAGCGGAAGCCUAUGGGCAUGCAGAGACCUGGCCCCUACGACCGGCCCUCUGGUGGUCGAGGUUACAACAUGAUGGGCCGAGGAGGAUCCUAUGACAGAAUGCGCAGAGGAGGCUAUGGAGGAGGACAGUGUGUAUCAGAUGCACGGUAUAGCGAUGGCGGCUCGUCCUUUCAGAGCACAACAGGCCACUGUGUCCACAUGAGGGGUCUGCCAUACAGAGCUACAGAAACCGAUAUCUACAAUUUCUUCUCUCCACUGAACCCUGUGCGAGUCCAUAUUGAGGUUGGUCCAGAUGGGAGGGUAACGGGGGAAGCAGAUGUAGAGUUUGCAACGCAUGAAGAUGCCGUGGCAGCCAUGUCCAAAGACAAAGCCAACAUGCAGCACCGCUACGUGGAGCUGUUCUUGAACUCAACAGCAGGUGGCAGUAACGGAGCCUAUAGCAGCCAGAUGAUGGGUGGCAUGGGGAACCAGUCCUCUUACAGCGGGGGUCAGCUGAGUUCAGGGUACUCUGGAGGGUACAGCAGCCAAGGAAACAUGGGCGGUUACGGUGACUACAGUAACCAGGGUGGAAUGGGAAGCAGUUACUACGGCGGAGGCGGUGGAGGAAGCAGAGGCUCAAUGAACGGACUUGGUGGGGGUUGGGGGAUGUAGUUUUUUUUUUUCCCCCUCUUCCCCUUGAAUCUGUUUUUAACUCAGCGUUCUGCUGGAAGGACUGGAAAUGUCUCACCUUGUAAACUUAGGAUAGUCAGAUGAGGUUGUUUUGUAUACCGAGGGGUUGUUUUCUUUCCUUUAAGGAUUUUAUUUUUUCAGAGAAGU